CCCUGAUUGUGACAACUCCGUGUUUGUCAAUCGUAUUUCACCUUUCCAGUGCCAGUUGGAUUCAUCCUGCGAUUUUGUGGGGUUUGGUGGGCUGCUUCCGAGCCAACUUGAGGCCCCACGUAUGUGUCGAUAAGAGCUUAUCGCAUAGUGUCCGUCGCUGGCCGCCAAUUUUUUCCCCCAGCAACAUAAUCCCCCGGCUGCACGAGUGAACAACUUUUGCGACUUCACCGAAUCGCAAUCUUUGAACGCGAGAGUAGUCAAUUCAGGCAUCCUCGCUUUCUGUCCCAUUUCCCAUCAAUUUGCGCCAUUAUCAGCAAUGGCUGCCGUGUACAAGUCGCUGUCCAAGUCGGACAAGACAGCGAGCAAGAAGGCCGAUGGCCCUAGCAAUGGCAUCAAGAAGAACAGGCAGAGGGUUCUCAUCUUGUCCUCGCGAGGCGUCACAUACAGACAUCGCCAUCUCCUCAACGAUCUCGCGACUAUGCUUCCUCACGGUCGGAAAGACGCCAAAUUCGACUCCAAGUCGAAGCUGUACGAACUGAACGAGCUUUCCGAGCUGUACAAUUGCAACAACUGUUUGUAUCUGGAAGGCCGCAAAGGUCUUGAUGGGUACCUUUUCCUCUCAGCUGUGCCAAAUGGACCGACUUGCAAAUUCCACAUCCAGAACCUGCACACCAUGGAAGAGCUUCACUUCACCGGCAACUGCCUCAAAGGCUCGCGACCGAUUCUGUCCUUCGACGCUACAUUCGAGAAAGAGCCCCACCUGCAAGUCAUCAAGGCUUUGUUCACGCGUACCUUUGGCGUUCCAGAGGGCGCUCGCAAGUCGAAGCCAUUCAUCGACCAUGUCAUGGGAUUCACAGUGGCCGACGGUAAGAUCUGGAUCCGCAACUACCAGAUCAAUGAAGAGGAGCAGUCGAAGGUCAAGAACGCCGCAGGCGAGGAGGAGAUCGAAACGACCGAAAUGAGUCUCGUGGAAAUCGGUCCUCGUUUUGUUCUUACGCCCAUCGUGAUACAGGAGGGCUCCUUUGGUGGACCGAUCAUCUACCAGAACCGAGAGUUUGUGUCGCCAAACCAGGUCAGGUCUGACCUCCGCAGAGGCAAGGCUACACGACACAACGCAAGGGCAGAGCAGACCGUGGCACGUCUGUCGCGGAAGGAAGAUCUUGGACUACGUACCAAGGGUGCUCAGAGGCAACCAAAAGGUGACUUGGACACGAAGAUGAUGUUCUCAUGAGGAAAAAGGGACAUUGGGCUGGUGCUCAACACGGCGUUGGCGUUACGGCUCUGGAUGUAGAGUGAAAUACCAAUGACAUUAAGUACUUGGCUUCCUGACCUUUCUACAUCUACUUCAUGGCGUGAAUGCUCACGGACAGGUGAAAUCCA